AUGAGCAGUGAUAAGGUGAAGGAGUACCUGUCUCACCACCACCUGCCUCAGCUGCUGGAGAGUUUGUUGACGGGGUUGCUGUAUCACCGUCCUGAGGAUCCUGUCGGCUUCCUGCAGCGCUGCCUCCACAACACCAGGCAGCUGGGAGGUCCCAAGGCCAUCACCUGGGACACCUUCCUCCAGCCUGACAGGGCUGCAGCAGGACCCCCAAAACCCCCUGUGGUGCUUCCUGUGCUGCAACCUGUUGCGCCCCCUGAACCCCCUGUAGUGCCCCCUGUGGUGUCCCCUGUGGUGUCCCCUGUGGUGUCCCCUGUGGUGUCCCCUGUGGUGUCCCCUGGCCAGAGCAAAAUCAAGAUCCGACAGGAGCGACAAGACAAGAAGAGAUGUGGUAAAGAGGCAGGAGCAGCUCCUCUCCACACUCAGCUCUCCAUAGAUUCAGACUCUGACAUGACGGAAAGUUCUGGACUCCUGCAGGAGGUCAGGCCACGCCCACUGAUCAUCUUCAUCAUUGGUGGACCAGGAAGUGGGAAAGGAAGUCAGAUGGCGAAGCUAGCUCACUGCUACGGCCUCCGAGCCGUCUCAUGGGAAGAGCUGCUUAUGAGGCAACUGCUAAGCCACGCCUCCCCAGACAGGAAGUGGGAAGUCAUUGCUGAGAUUGUAGCCAAUGGGGAGCUGACAGCACAGGAGACCGCCAUCAAGGCACUGAAGCGGCAGCUGAUUGGUCAGCCAGAAGCCAGAGGCUUCAUAGUGGACGGAUUCCCUCGAGACGUCAGCCAGGCGCUGAGCUUCCAGGAGCAGAUUGGCUGUCCUGACCUGGUGGUGCUGCUGGCCUGCUCCAAUCAGACACUGCGUUUCCGCUUGGAGCAGCGUGCGACUCGCCGCGGUCGCCUUGACGACAGCAGCCACGCCCUGCGGAGACGCCUGGAGACUUUUCACCAAAACAUCCGUCCCAUCGCCACGUACUACCAGCAGCAAGACCUGCUGCGACAGAUCGACGCAGACAGAGAAGAGGAGGUGGUCUUUGCUGAUCUGAGGUCAGCUGUCAGAGAGAAGCUGUUUCCUGUGGAUCAAUCAGAUCCCAGCGAUGUCCCAGAAUGCAGCAGUCUGACUCUAAUCAGCUAACUGAUCAGUUCGUAAAUGAAUCUGCUGAUGAAUCUAGAUUAUUUUUCUUCUUAUUAUUAUCAUGAUGAUCAAUUAUGAUGAUGAUGAUGAUGAUGAUGAUGAUGAUGAUGUUAAUGAGUGUGAUGUAUAUUGAAGUGUUUGGGUGCAGCAGAGACAGAUCAGAUAUUGAUCCAUAACAUGCAGCCAAUAGAUAUAUAAUCAAUGUGCUGUUUUAUCAGUGAGAUGUGACCGAGUGAUCUGAUUGGACGAGAGGCGCUGACAUUCAGUUCAGCUGGAGGUGAAAUUCUGAUGGAACUAUUUGUGUUGGUGGAGGAG